GAAGAGGGGGGGGAUGCCGGGCACCCCCGUGGGUGGACCCGGCCCCCUCGCCCCGCCUCCCGCCGCCCCACGGUUCCAGCGGGCUCCGGUCCGGGAGGGGACGGCGAGCAGAGCACGGCGGCCAUGGCAGGAAAAGCCCACAGGCUGAGCGCGGAGGAGAGGGAGCAGCUGCUGCCAAACCUGAGGGCCGUGGGGUGGAACGAGGUGGAAGGCAGAGACGCCAUCUUCAAAGAGUUCCACUUCAAGGACUUCAACCGGGCCUUUGGCUUCAUGACCAGAGUGGCUUUACAAGCAGAAAAACUGGAUCACCACCCCGAAUGGUUCAAUGUGUACAAUAAGGUUCACAUCACCUUGAGCACCCACGAGUGUGGAGGCUUAUCAGAGCGAGACAUCAACUUGGCCAGCUUCAUCGAGCAGGUUGCAGCUUCUCUCUCCUGACUAGAGAGACACACAUGAAGCCAAAAAAUCAACUCUGCCGCUGCCACAACCCGUAUCCCGCCUGGAUGGCUGCACCUUUGAGCCUUUUCCCACUUCCCAGCUCAUUCCUGGAUCCAGACUGCCUAAACACCACACCAAAUCCCACCUCUGCAGCUCAGAGAUGCAUGGAGGUGCUUCCUGGGCACCGUGCAUAUACCCUGCUCUGAUCUUGCUGCUUCCACUCUUAAACCCUCCGUUAGCCCUGUGUUACCAGCCCACAAACUGCUGAGCCUCUUGGGGCUUUCAGCAGAGGUGCCCUUUUAUCAGGAGUCACGUUACACAAUUGUACCAGUAAAUCUUUCCAGAACCCGACCCCAUCCAGGCACUGCUUUACUGCUUCUUACCUACUGGAGUAUGUUUUCUACCCAAAACAUGGUACAUGAACCCUUUGGUUUCUCUAGACCAUACCAGCAAAGUGUGAUGUGCAAUUUGGUUAUGACUGUAACCUCUUCCUAGCAGUAUUAUAAGCAGACGUGUGAUCUCACCCCUAUUGUAACUGGCCUUUAUGGUAGGAUACCAACUGAAAACGUUUACAAUAAAGAUGUUGGUUAACCUGAUGUCAA